UGUAUGUGUGUGCACUCUUGCAUUUUGUGAAUGCGGUUUGAGACGGAAAGAUGGGGAAACCUCGAGAGAAGGAAACAGUUUUCAACUGCUUUGGAGCACAUUUAGCAACUGCUGUGUAGCUCCACAGUCCCCACCCUGCGGAUGUUUUACCGAUGUACAAUAAUUGAGGCUGGAACCGCCAUCUCGGAUCUGCUACCGGAAUGGUUGGAAUUGUAGCCAGGAGACCUUUCCGGCGCCGAAUAGGUUUGCCUUUGGAAACCUGGCAAGCCACGUUGCUCCCGUUCCAAGGCGAUUUACCACUCCGUUCCAGAUCCGGAACCCCCUUUCCGUCCUUCCAGCCAGCAACGGGCUAACGAGAGGCUCCCGCGGGGUCGGCUGCGAAAGGAGCCGGAGUCUCCGGAUUCUCCCGCCGCUUCCUUCCCACUCACUCGGCCGCCUCGCGUGCGCUCUUUUCCCCGCAGGUGCCCGAAGGAUCGCGCAGCGUGGGACAAAAACUCCUCCGAGGACCCGCCGGGAUGCCGCUGCUGCGCCUCGCUUGGUCCCAACGGGCCGGUCUGCCUUUGGCUGCGCUGGUGGGACUCCUCCUCCUCCUCCUCUGCCCGAGCCCGGGUGUUUCUAAGGCACAUAAACUUAGGCUGAUGCUUCAGAGAAGAGAAGCUCCUGUUCUGAUGAAGGAAGAGAUUUCUGCGAAAGAAGAUAAGGCCAAGGAAUUCUUAAACAAUCUGAAACGUCCGAAGCGCCAGCUUUGGGACAGGAGUCAGCCUGACGUACAGCAGUGGUACCAGCACUUUCUCUAUUUGGGUUUUGAUGAAGCUAAAUUUGAAGAUUAUGUCUCCUACUGGUCAAACAUAGGUCGUGAUGGCCAUGAAUAUGAUGGUGGCUAUUAUCACCACCAUUAUGAUGAAGAUGCUCCUAUUGGCCCACGAUAUCCAGACACCUUCAGACAUGGAGCAAAUGUCAAUUAUGAUGAUUAUUAUUAAGAUUAUUCUGUGUAUUAACUAUUAUUAACUCUUUCAUCUCUGUAUUGACUAUAUUAAUUCUUUCUUCUCUGUGUAAGGACACUUAAUUUUUUAAAAAAUUGAUUUUAAUCUGGUUCUU